ACGCCAAACGUGAAGCAGAGCCACGUCGGGGCCACUUUCACGGAUCCUCGGACGUUUGGAGCCGCGCGGGUCGUGUUCGCGAGCCUCGUUUCGGGCGGCGGGUGGUCGGGUUGUUUCAUUGUUUCCUCCCCUCGGUUGUUGAAGUUAGCACCCGGGAGGCAAAAGGCGCACGAGCUCUGCUCGAGUUCAAACCGGGUGGAAGUAAACAACCCCAGUUAGUAAAGUUAAUUGUUGUUAUUUAUACUUCAUCGCGUGUCGUUCUAUCGCUCAAGUGGUGCGUUUUGGACACGUCGGUGACGCGCAAAGGACACGUUUAGACGGCCAGGCGAGCGGGUAGUCUCUCUGACGAUUCAUUAUCGCACCAGACGCAACGUCACCGUUAGAAACGAGACAAUAUAUCCUCUGUGUUGGUUUACCCGUUUUAAUAAUGUGGUUAUCGUUCUGUAGAUGAGACUGAAGGGAGGAGGAGAGGUACGGUGAAAGAAGCCUGCCAUGUCCGGUCCCACCUGGCUGCCACCGAGGUCUCUGGAUAGCCCCGAGCAAGCCGCCGCCCCCCCGCAGAUGUCUAACAAUGCUGGGUCAGCAAUCUACAGAGCUCCCAACAAGAAGGGCACGGCUGACUCUCGGCCCAAAUAUGGCCCCUCUGACCAGAACGGAGGUGUCGGAGCAGGAGGAGGAGGAGGUGGAGGUGGGAUGGCCAACAGGUACAUGGCUACUGGACCCACAGGUGGGCCCAUUCAUCAGCCGUCUAGCGAUCACUACUACUCCCCGCCUCAUGGUCCCAAGGAAGGCCGCAACUGGAGCCCUCACAUGGACAGUUACGAGCUGAUGCACCGCGGUCCGGAAAAGCAGGCGGGCUAUCACUCGACUAAAAUCGACGCUGAUAUUGACUCCCUCACCAGCAUGCUCGCUGACCUGGACAGCCACCCGCAGGACGCCAACGCGCAGCUGUACGACAACGUGCCUUACAACAAGUACCUCCCGCCGGAUCACUACAAGCCUGCAGGCCCUCCUCAGGGUCGGCCAUCCAUGGGCUACCCGCCUCACCCCCAGAGCCAACACCACCCGGCUCCCCGCUACCCCGGCGAGCACCAGUCCCCUCAGUACCCCGCCUCCCACCAGCCGGACUACUACUCCGCCUCUUCGACCCCGAAGCCCUACCCUCAGCCCGUCCCGGCCUCCUACACCACGGCCUCCACUCCUCUCGGGCCCCGGUUCAGCGUCCAGGUCAAGACGGCUCAGCCGGUCACCUACUCCCAGACGGGGCGGCAGGCCGAGCAGGCCUACACGCCGCCCCCUCCCCACCAGCACGUGUCGCGGCCCCCUCCCCAGACGUGUCCGCAGGGCUGGUACCCGCAACACCCCAGCUCGCAAGCUCAGGAGAUGCACUCCGAGGUGGUGAACAAGGGGAGCGGCGCAGGACCCGGAGGAAGAGUUCUGCAGGUCCCACAGUCCAAGAGGGGGAUGGAGACUCAUCAGACCGGGCCGGGGGCCGCGCAGAGUCCUGCUUAUCAGCAGGGCAUAGCAACCACCAGGCCCGAGGAGGAGUUGGAUCGACUUACCAAGAAGUUGGUAUACGAUAUGAACCACCCCCCUGUCGAGGACUAUUUUGGCCGCUGCGCCCGGUGCGGGGACAACGUGGUCGGUGACGGCAGCGGCUGCAUCGCCAUGGAGCAGGUGUUCCACGUGGAGUGUUUCACGUGCAUCACCUGCCACGCCCGUCUCCGGGGGCAACCCUUCUACGCCCUCGACAAGAAGAGCUACUGUGAGAGUUGCUACAUCAGUACAUUAGAGCGCUGUUCAAAGUGCUCCAAGCCCAUCCUGGACCGCAUCCUGCGGGCCAUGGGGAAGGCCUACCACCCUCGCUGUUUCACCUGUGUGGUGUGCAACUGCUGCUUGGACGGGGUCCCCUUCACCGUCGACGCCGCCUCUCAGAUACACUGCAUCGACGACUUCCACAGGAAGUACGCCCCUCGCUGCUCCGUAUGCGGGGAGCCCAUCAUGCCCGAACAGGGCCAGGAGGAGACCGUGAGGAUCGUGGCUCUGGACCGCAGCUUCCACGUCAACUGUUACAUCUGUGAGGAAUGUGGCCUCCUGCUGUCCUCUGAGGGGGAGGGGCGGGGCUGCUACCCGCUGGACGGCCACAUCUUGUGCAAGAGCUGCAGCGCGUGCCGCAUCCAGGACCUCUCGGCCAAAAUCUCCACAGACUGCUAACGGCGAACGCCGCAUCCUCCACAUUAUCGAUGGUCGCCGACAGGAUGUGACCCGUGAGGUGCUUCUUUUUUUUUUUUACUCCUUUUUGUUGCUCUGACGGCGACAAAAAACGAUGCUAUAGUUCCCUCUGUUGGCAUCCGGCUGUAAUUUUCGUUUGCAGAGGAACAAUUUGUCUGAGCUGGAGUCCCGAUGGAGCGAGAGCCUUUUCAUUCUGAUGUCCUACUACAUUCACUUUGAUGAUUUUUUUUUUUUAAAUUGUUUUUUUGGUACACAGCGGCCCCAUUUUUCUUUCACGGUUUAGUUCAGUAUCGGUAUGACGGUGGCCCGACCUGCCGGCAGCUUGGGCUCCACAUCUAUCGGUACCGCUCAACUAUUCGCUCGCACGUCAUCAUCAAAGUCUGGAAGGAUGUCACAGAAAAAGAAGGAAAGUGGCUUGAAUGAUAACUAAACUAUCUUCACGGUGGGACCUAUACAUCUGAAAAACACUAAACGUCAACGUUUUUCAAAUCUGCCUCAAAACGAGCAUCUUAAAAGCACAUGAUGCAGAAACUGUGACGUAACGGGCCGGUGAGGUCGCCAACAGAGCCGGAGCCUCGUAGCAGGAGCAAUGUAGGAGAGGAGGAAUGUGUAGUUGUGGUUUUUUUACUUUAGCUUUUAUGGAAUGAAAGUACAAUCUUGCCUCCAACAAAUCUUUCAUCGAUCUCAACCUCACAGCGUCGAGUUUAAUUGUUUUAUUGGAGUUUAAAACAGAUUUUUUUUGCAAUUUUGUUUCCUUUUUUGGGGUAUUUUAUAUCAUCCACAAUAACACUUUUGAAUGUCUACGAAACCCACUCUUUUGUUUCACACUCGUGGGUUUGAUACUUGACUGUUAGCUUGAAGACGAUGGUGCAAUGAAGUCAAAGUGUUGGUCACUCGGUGGUUAGAGAGCAUCUGUUUGAAGUCUGAGCCUCGUGUGAAGAGUGUACGCCGGUCAUCUGGAGGGAGAACGACGCUCACGUCACACUCCAUGUGAAGUUAUUUUAGGCGAAUAGAUUUACGUCACAAAUACUUUUUACACAAUAGUUAUUCUUUAUAUUUGACGAAAUAAUAGUGGACAUAAAUGUGAUGUAUUUUUUACCUGAAAAUCAACGGUGGUGGUUUUGGAAUGCAACUCUUCACUCUCGGAUCCCAUGUUGUUGUUGUUGGUCUUCAUGUGGGCCGAGUUGUGGUUCUGAGACUUUGGAGCUUCAGUAUUUGUUAUGAUUGUGUUUUCCGUCCUGAUGUUGUAUUGGUUGAACUUUAUAAAGGGCUAGAACUUUUGAAAGCCUUAUCUCAAGGAUGUCAUUCAGUUUCAUCAUCAAUAUUUUUGAAACUGGGUUUUUCUGUGAAUCUUUUUCUUUUUUUCCCUUCUCAUCAUGUUAAAACUUUGCAUUUU